AUCGUUUAAUACAAACUGCUACGACUGAUUAAGGAAUCAUGGAGUUCUUACUGCAAGUUCCGAAACUUGAUACUGGCUCCAUUACAGCUUUCCUUGAAAACAACAAUCUUGAAUCGACUAAUCAAAGGAAAACAAGAAAUUCUGUGAAUCGGUCGAUUGAGAGCAUCUCUGUGACCAACAUAAACUUUGGAGCUAAGCGUUUGAUAGCUGACGUAUUGGAAACGGUAAAGAUAAAGAGGAAAAGUGAAGACGUUCACCACAAGAUCGAGGUUAUCUUCGAAAAGAAUGAAAUUUUCCGAUCGGUACACUGCACAGAGUGUAUCAUGGGGCGACCAGAAGAUGGCCAAGUUUGUUGUACGGCAAUCGUUGGAUUGCUUCACUGGCUGCAACAAAAGCAAACUGAGGAAUUUGAAAAAUGUGCGAAGAAAGACAAGAAAGUCCAUAGAAAGGCACUGGAAGACAAAGAAAACAUGGAUCACAGCGGCAAAAGGACGAAGAAAACUACAUUGGAAAGAAAUUGCCACGUUCUAAUUGAACCGUUGCAGUUGAAUUACCAUUUACCGCUCACAGCCGGAAUUGCGGUACUGACAAAGGUUGAAAAGGAACCUGUUAUAAUUACUCCCCAUCUUUUGAAGGCCGCCCAGCGGUUGUCGCUAUUUAAUUUAAUCCAAGACUACGAAGGGACUGACCCAGACGACUUCCUUGCUUAUUGCACUAAGCAGAUGGAACACGAAACUUGUGCCAACGUUCAGCUGCUCACUGUCGAGCAAGCGGAUAACGAUCUUUGGCAUGAACUACGCAAAGGUCGCAUCACUGCCUCACGCAUGUACGAAGCAUCUCGCUGCACGAUGCUCAACGGAUCUCUGACGAACAAGGUGAUGGGCGUAUCAUCCGGAUUUUCCUUCGCAAUGAAACGAGGCACAGACCUAGAGGGGCACGUUUUGGCGGAACUACAGAAGGAGUUCCCGUCUCUGCGUAGCAUUGGGCUCGUACUCGAUCCAAAAUUUCCUUGGAUGGGUGCGUCGCCAGACGGGAUCAGUGACGAUUUUGUGCUUGAAAUCAAAUGCCCGUAUACGGCCAAGACUCACGCAUGUUAUGUGGACGUGAACAAAUUAUCGAAAAAGUAUUUUGCCCAAAUUCAACUUCAGAUGCACAUGACGCGCAAGACGAAAGCGCUACUUGGGGUAGCGGCGCUGGAUUUCGAGAAAACAAGAAACGUCACUAAAGUUUGGAUUGACUACGAUAAGUCGUACGUCGAAAACAUUAUGGCUGACUCGUACGAGUUUUGGUCCAAAGGAGUGUUCAAGGCGUUGCAGAAAAAGCGAAAAAAUAAGAAAUAAAUCUUAG